AUGGUUUCCAACGACAUCUUUGCUGAGCCUAUCGACACCAAGGCGCCCCCGUCCAACAUUGCGGUCCGAGAAGACCAUCCUGUACCUCGAAAAGGCAUCCAGACAAAGGCGCCUCUCCAGACAAACAAGUUUUAUUCCAACUUCUUCCUGGGAGAUCAGCUCGGACCGACGUAUACUUUCCCCUACUCUGUCCAGUGGGCAGGGGGGAAGGGCGCCAGCUCGAGCUGGGGCAUCUCAUGUUCGCACAUCGAGGCUCAUCAAAGAGUCUUUGGUCAGGAGAAGUUCAAUGGAGCGGUAUCUUACUAUCUCAAUCCUGUAGGGAUCCAGUCCAUGGUGAUCUCGGCCAAGGAGCUAGGCAAUAGCACACGCCUUUCCCUCGACAGCAUCACGGCCUUCUCUGCCCGUAUCGGACUCAGCAAAGACGACAAGUCACCGCCAGCGGUACUUUUUCCUCUAGUGCAGGGUAUGGCGUACAUUACGGCACAAUUCGAUGGUGCAGUCCCACUGCUCCAGACCGGCGUGUAUUUCAAGACUAUGAGUCGAAUUACACGGGAGCCAAAGGAGCAUGUUGCCAAGUACACUUUCAAGCUCGAGGACGGAACUACGUGGCGGGUGUACGCAUGGAAGAGCAAAGGAGACGAUCUCGACCUUGAGGUUAUCAAUAACGGGCUGGCCCAGUCGAAGAAACCGUUUCAUGGCGUUCUCCAAGUCUGCAAGGAUCCAGACACACCCAACUCUGAAAAGAUACUCGAUGAUGGCGCCGGUAUUUACCCUGUCGCUGUCGCUCUGUCUGGCUCAGCCUCUGGCGCCACGGGAAGCUACUCCUUCAGGUUUCAGAAGGAAGGCCACCAGGCAGGAGACCUAUACAUGUAUGCGCUCCCACAUCAUGUCGAUUCAUUCAACAGCGAGACGAAACAACGGAUCCAGAAGGUCCAGCUACAAUCAACAACAAAGGGCAUGGCAACCUUAGUCAAAGGGACCUAUUGGACCAUGGUUGAGCCGCACAUGCCCGUGGACAUCGGCUUUGAUCCGUGGCACCCAGAAAAGGGCAAUAUUAGUCAACUCUCGGACAAGGCCAAACGUACAAUCCGCGCCGCUGCAGCCAAGGAGGUGUCUCAAGACAUGAUAUCGCAGUCCAACCUGGAUUCAAUGUACUUCAGUGGCAAGGCACUCGCCAAGUUUGCGACGAUUCUGUACGUCAUCAACAAUUUGAUUGGGGACAAGGCUCUCGCGCAGACUGGACUCGGGCAGCUCAAGGCCGCCUUUGCCAUUUUCGUCGCGAACAAGCAAAAGUUUCCCCUCACUCAUGAGACUGCAUGGGGCGGAGUGGUGUCUUCUGCAAGUUAUGUCACGGGUGACGCGGGUGCUGACUUUGGCAAUACCUACUACAACGAUCACCACUUCCACUAUGGCUAUCAUAUUCUCGCGGCGGCGACUAUCGGCGAGAUGGACCCCGAAUGGGCCAAAGCAAACGCCGACUACGUCAACACUCUUGUGAGAGACGUUGCCAACCCCAGCACCAAGGACGGCUUCUUCCCAAUGUGGCGAAAUUUUGAUUGGUACCACGGUCACAGCUGGGCCCAUGGUCUUUAUGCCGCUAUGGACGGCAAGGACCAAGAGUCAAGCUCAGAAGACAUGAUGCAUGCGUACGCCCUCAAAAUGUGGGGUAAGGUCACUGGGGACACCGACUUGGAGGCCAGGAGCAACUUGCAGCUGGCGAUAAUAUCGCGAAGUUUGUCAAGUUACUACCUGUACCGAGACGACAACUCAGUGCAGCCGAAACAAUUCAUCGGCAACAAAGUCGCAGGUAUACUGUUUGAGAACAAGAUUGACCACACGACGUACUUUGAUCCGCAUAUCGAGGCAAUUCAAGGCAUCCACAUGAUCCCUAUCCUGCCACCGACGCCUUUUGUCCGCGUCAGAGAAUUUGUCAAGGAAGAAUGGGACGCGUUCUUCAGCAACGGUCGCAUAGACGACAUUCAAAACGCUUGGAAGGGCAUCAUAUACGCCAGCUAUGCAACAGUAGACCCGAAGAAGGCGUGGGAGUUCUUCACCUCGGAGACGUUUGACCCGCAGUGGCUGGACGGUGGAGCGUCGAUGACAUGGUUCAUGGCGUACGCCGCAGCAUUGGGUGAUAUCUGA